AUGCUGGCAACUUCCAUGAUUCUGGUGCGCAUCCUUGUUGGCAAGGUUAAGAACCGCGAGUGGCUUGAAUCAAUUCUGCGAUCGAUACCAAUUCGAGAAGAUCAAACGGGAUGGAAUUGUGUUAGCUGGGUCCAAGAAGCCGUGGAAUCCCUGGCCGUGGACAACAGGGCACUGGGCACUGCCGUCACGGACUGGGAGACAGUACGUGACACGCUGCUAUGGUACGUACAGCAGAAGGCUGCAGAGCACAGAUUCGAUGGAAAAGCAGAGCCGGACAGUUUCGACAGACUAAAAGUCGCCACAUAUGAUCUGGUUGAUGCAAAGGCAGAGACAGUGCCGUGA